AUGGAAACUAAAUCGUUGUCUAUCAUUAAGUGCUUACUUUCGAUUUUAUUAAUCGAGGAAAUUGUUGCUUUUGUUCUGCGAACAGGGACAUAUGCCAUAAAGACACUUCUUCACCUCUAUUGUGCUAAACUUUUCUGCCUGUAUAGUCUACCAUUAAAAAGAUUGGCCAUUGCUCCCCCGGGCGAUUUUCAAGUUCGCGUUCUUUUAACUGAACUUUAUCCCGAUUGUUAUACUAGAAGAGGCGCAGGCUGUCGGUCAAAUGAGGAUCUUCUUAUUGAAGACUAUCUCAUCUAUCUUCAAAAAUUCGGUUUCGAUGAUCCUGAGGAAGCACAAAUAGAUGAACUGAAUGUAAUGUUUCAAGCGAAUCACCUACCUUUGUCAGUUUUUCAAUCUAAUGGACAGAAUCAUGAUCGAGAUUCUGGUGUCUGUCCUGCAUUACCAACUCCAACAACAUCAAAAAAUUGCUCAUAUAUCAAACCUGAGCGAUUUGAUCUUGAUCAAAAUCCAACACGUUCCAUUGUAACGGCUGACCAGGAACAAGAUAAUGUUCUUCUAUCGUCAACUCAUCAUGAGGAUGAUUCUCGUGUAACAAAUCUCGACACAGAAUCAUCCGAAAACAUUGAAACCUUUGACCAUCCAGUGAUUUUAUAUUCUAAAAAGUCUGCGAAGCCCCUCACAAAUGGCGGUAACAUUGUCGGUGGAUCACGUUUAUUCUACUUAGAUUCGCCCUCUGCUCAAAGUAAUCAUAAUGGAUUUUCAUGUAAACAUAAUAAUAGUAUUCAUCGAAUGUAUGCAGGACCGAUCUCUGAUCCCACUUCUCUUUCACGCUCGCCUCAUUCUCCUUCACAAAAUGUUCUUAAAUCUCUAUCCAACGUCCACCCAGGUUCCCAAUCAAGUUGUACCUCAGUUGUGCCUCAACCGAAAAUUGUAAAGCUGGGUUACGUCUGGCCAAGAUAUGACAAACCACGUGUUCGCGUACUGUCCCAAGAUUCCACCUCAUUGUCCGAUAGCCACUCCUCCGACAAUUCACGGGACAUUUCUGUUUGGGAUAGAGCCAUUCGUGAGGAAGACGGUACAGGCUUGGCCGACUUGUUUGAAGACAGUGAUUCGGAGGGGACGCUCAAGGAAGAAGACGAUGAAGAGGAAGAAGAUGAAGAAGAGCAGGAAGAAGUGGUGGAUGAGUAUGAAGAUGAAUAUAAAUAUUAUUCUGCUCUAAAAUCGUCUCCUUCUACUUCGUCUGGUAGUUAUCCAAGACUUUCCCGAACAUCGGAUCGAAAUAUUCGUGAUGUUAAUAUUCUCAAAAGCCUUGGAGUGCCAUUCUCUUAUGAUGAAGUCGCCUACAGCUCUAAUGAAUUGUUUCGGGAAAUGAAAUCUAAGCCUGGUCUUUCGUUUGAGCAGAUUUCUGCAAUGCUUGAUGCUCGUCGACGAGCCACGAAUCGUGCCGCAGCGGAUCGUUGUAGACGCAUGAAGUCCCAGGCUCGAAAUUCUCUUGCCACCAAGUUGGGUCGCUUACGUUUGAGGUCUACUCAUCUUAACAGGCGUAUGAUAAACACUCGCAAAACUCGCCAAUGGAAAAGAGAUAGAGUAUCCGCAAUUGAAAGAGGAUUAAUACGCAUGCUUACUGAUGACAAGGGUAUACCAUUGGACCCUUCAAAAUGGCGAAUCCACCUAACAGCUAAUGGCGACGUGGUAAUUAUGAACCUUGAGAGCAGUCUGGGUCAGUUUGGGAAUGAUCGCACGGUCAACUUUCUCAAGGUAGAACCUGUCUAA